AUUGAUUUAAUGAACAUAAGUGUAAGCUGCGCUCGCUCGAUCAAAGACUUCAGAUUGAAGAACAAUUUAUUUAUACUUUCCUCCUUGGUAGGUUUAGGCCUUUGUGGUAAGAUGUUUGUAUUGGAUCAAAAUUCCUUCUAUCAACUUAUCUACCUUUCGGAACUAAUCAUUGGUUUCUUCAUGAUGUUAGUCGUCUUGUUCAAUCAAUAAUUGGAUCUGGAAUCAGCCGAGUACGUAUUUACAAUGAGUUACUUAAUCAAAGAAAGUGAGAGAGGGAAUGUCUAAUAUACAGAUUAAGAAUUAGAAGAAAUGAUUAAGGCUAGUAUGAUUAUUAUUCCACUAUGUAGGAAGCAUGGGUGACGCUUCUUCGUGGAGCCUCUUUUAUACAAGCGUUAAAAUGGAUUUUCACCACUUUUGUUGCGAGUCUAAAGAUUUCCUCUAUCUAGUCUUAUCGGCUGGAAUAAUUACUUCAUACUUCUUUGAAUCAAGAUUUUAAUCAAAUUAAAUCGCCUGGCUAGUAUUUUUACUCUUCAUAGUGACAGCCUGCGAUUUCGUAUUUGUCGUUCUUGGGCUCAUCAUAGAACUACCAAGGAGAAUCAGAUAAGAAUAUAAAUUGAGAGCCCUCCAUAGGAGAGCAUCUAGAUAAUUAAUUUUAGGUAUGUAAAAUUAAUCUUUGUUCGAUAAUUAAGAGGGUUAAGGUAGCCUCUUAUUCAAUAUACUGGAUAAUGAAUUCCAGGAAGAAGAGCAGGUGUAUUAACCAUAACAAAUAUAGGAAGCACCACAACAUAGAUACAGCAUAUUUGGAAGGGAGGAAUAACUCUCAUGCUAAAUAUGUUUUGAUCCAAUGGUGGAGAAUUCCGACCUUCAACAACUAUAAUGCCAUUCUUCGCAUCUAUUCCAUUCCAACUGUAUCUAAGAUUGGUUUCAAAGAAAUGUAUAAUCUCUUCAAUUUCUUAGCGAUAAAACAAUUUAAUUCCCAGUUGUCCUAUUUGUAGAGCACCAUAAAAUAGAUGA